AAAAAGGUUUUUUUAGGGCAUUGUUUUAUUUUACAAAUUUUUUGAAUUCACUUUUGUGCUCGAGCUUCGAAUUAAAUUUUCCGUUUCCAGGCGCAUGAAUAAUAGCAAAGGUGAAUUUUUGUAGGGCUGGUUUGGGGAAAUAUUUAACUUUUCUCCUGAGCCGGCUCAACUGCCAGGCUCGGAGUACGGUCUCGUCGAAAUGAAGCCUCUACUGCCCGAGAAUCUCGCUCCAAGCGGCGAGGCGAUGACGGCGACGCACGAUAUGUUGGAGCAGAUGUCAUAUCUGUGCGUGAGCGUGGUAAAGGCGCGGGACCUGCCUACCAUGGACGACAUGACCGGCGCGCUGGACCCGUACGUGGAGGUGAAACUAGGUGACCUCAAGGGCGUGACGCGGCACCUGGAGAGGAACGCUAACCCGGUGUGGCGGCAGAUGUUCGCCUUCUCCGCCGCCCAUCUGCAGUUCGACCAGCUGCAGAUUAUCGUUAAGCACAAGGACGUGCUCCGAGACGACUUCGUCGGCCGCGCCGUCUUCGACAUGGCCGACAUCCCGCGCCUCUCGCCUAACAGCCGGCUGGCACCGCAGUGGUACCACCUUUCCGAGCCAACGGCGAGAGGUUUCCGAAUAGACAUAGCUAGCCUCGGCGAAAUCAUGCUCGCUGUUUGGCUCGGCACGCAGGCCGACGAGGCCUUCAUGGAGGCGCACGCCCUCUCCCUGGAGGGGCUCACCAACACGCGCUCCCAGGUGUACUACUCCCCCAAGCUCAUCUACCUCAGGGUCUCCGUCAUCGCGGCGCAGGGCCUCAUGGGCACUAAGAAGGACCAACCACUAGGGCCGACCAUCGCCAAGAUCCAGAUGGGCAGCCAGAUAAUGCGGACGCAGCCGGGGCAGCCGCAGGGGUCGGCGAACCCGGCCUGGAACGAGGAGUUCAUGUGCGUCGUCAGCGAACCAUUCGAGGACCCGCUUGUGGUGACCGUGGAGGAGAAGGUCGGCACCGGGAGGGACGAGUCCAUCGGCCGCAUCAUCAUCCCCAUGGCGUCCCCUUACGUGGAGCGCAACGACCUGUUUAUGCCGGUGCCGUCCAAGUGGUUCAGCCUCUCGCGUGGGAUGACCGGGAGCAAGAUCCUGCUCAGGAUGAGCCUGGACACGGCGUACCGCGUGAUGGACGAGCCGCCGGAGUACAUGAGCGACCUGCAUCCGGCGGCGAAGAAACUCCGCAAGAGCGCCAUUGGCAUCCUGAAGGUGGAGAUCCUGGGCGCACGUGACCUGGCCGUGGGCGUGGACAACCCGUACGUGGUCGCCAAGUACGGCAAGAAGUGGGUGCGCACACGCACUCUCCUCAACACCACCGCGCCGCAGUGGAACGAGCAGCACACCUGGGAUGUGUUCGACGUCGGCACCGUCAUCACCGUCGCAGUCUUCAAGGACUCCCACGGCGUUGCCAAUGACCAGAGGAUCGGCAAGGUGCGCAUUCGCGUCGCCACCCUCGAGACGGAUCGCACGUACACCCAGUACUAUCCUCUCGUGGUGCUUACCCCGUCCGGGCUGAAGAAGAUGGGGCAGCUCCAUCUUGCAGUCCGCUUCACCUGCAAGUCUUGGGCCAAAAUGCUGGCAAUGUACGGCAAACCACUGCUUCCCGAAUCGCACCACACCAACCCCAUCUCCGCGCCGCAGAUGGACUACCUCCGGUUUAAGGCCAUGGAGAUGGUGGCCUCGCGGUUGGGCAGGGCCCAGCCGCCACUGCGGAGGGAGGUGGUGGAGUACAUGCUCGACUUCGACAACCGCACCUACAUGUUCAGCCUGCGACGGAGCAAGGCCAACUUCUACCGGCUCAUGGUCCUCUUCUCAGGCAUCAUGGCCAUGUGGAAGUGGUUUGACGACGUCUGCAAGUGGAAGAAUCCGGUGACGACGAUUCUGGUGCACGUGGUAUACCUGAACCUGGUGUGCUACCCGAAGCUAAUCCUGCCGAUGGUAUUCCUGUGCUUCAUCAUGAUCGUUGCGUGGAACUACCGGCAGCGGCCGCGGAAUCUGCCGCACAUGGAUGCGGUGCUGUCACACGCGGAGAUCGCACACCCGGACGAGCUGGACGAGGAGUUCGACACGUUUCCCGCGUCCAGGCCGGCUGACCUCGUGCGGAUGAGGUAUGAUCGACUACGGUGCAUCGCCGGCAGGGUGCAGACGGUGGCUGCGGACCUUGCUAUGCAGGGAGAGCGCUUGCUGUUCCUGCCCCGCUGGCAUGACCCCAGGGCGACAACCAUCUACAUGAUGCUCUUGGUGAUGAUGGCAGUCGUACUGUACCUGACGCCGUUCCGGGUGGUGGCCAUGGUGAUACAGCUCUACUUCCUCCGGCCCCCAUUGUUCCAGAGCAGGACCCCGAACCUGAUCUUCAACUUCUACCGUCGCCUGCAUUCAAAUCAAGGCCUCAUGCUGUAAGGUUGAUGCAUGUAGCAUUUGUCUUUUUGUUGUUGUUGACUGCAAAAAUGAUAUAUCUAUUUUAAAAGUCCA